UGUUGACCUUUGCAGUUAGGAUCUUUUGGUUACUGAAUUGGUUUGCAACAUAGUUGAUUUGAAUACCACUGUUGUGAUGCCGUGGGUUAAGUAUCUUUUACUUCUCACAACGGCUGUGAUGGUAGUGAGCUCUUUAGGAGUUCGCCGUGAUGCCUUUUCAGAUAUGGGUGUUUCAUAUGAUUCUACUGCUAGUAGUACAAUCAGUUUUGGUAAACUUAUUAUUGGCAACGGGCUUCGGAGUACAACGUUGAAUGAUACUGAUGAAAGACAAGCGCAUGGGGAAGCAAAAUUUAAUCUUGCUGAGGCGAAGUUGAAACAUCUGGGUCCUUCUGUGCACUGUGGUGAUGAUACUAUGACCCUGCGUGUUCCUGGACCAAGAAUGCCCCACUUUCUGGUUGAUAAAGGAGAUGGGACUAAAGUGCCUCUGUCUGAGAUUCCACCCAGCUGUGGUUACUCUGUGAAGAGGGUGCGCCGGGAUGUUUCGCUUGUUGCGCCGUACAAUGGUUGUGGUCAUGUCCAACAACAGAGUGGAGCUUAUGUUCUGCCUCUGGUAAUACUGGGGGCAACAGUGCAGAUGUCAUGCCCAAUGAAUCCUCCUGCCCUUCCUAAAGUUUCUUGCUUCCCUUCUGGCAUGGUUGUCUCACUUGGGCAGAGCGCUGAUACUGUUAAGAUUAAAGUUGAUGGAUCAUGGCAGCCUCUGCUACUGGCAUAUUUUAAGUGCAAGUUCACCCUGGACACUGCUCGUGGUGAUCUGGUUGUCAAUGCACCAUUCAAGGGAACUUGUUGGGAUAUCAAGGAUGCUGAAAGACGCCUUCCUAUGCUUUAUGGUGGCCAUGAAGUGAUACUCACAUGCCCUGACACAUCACCUACAACUGUUGUACCUCAAGACCCUCAGGUGUUUUAUCAAUUUCCAUACGGACAACCAUGGUAUAACUGGGUGCCUGCUACAGCAGCUCCUACCACUACGACAGCGGCUCCUCAGGAUCCUUUUCCCCAGCAACCGUACUAUCCAUAUGGAAAACCGUGGUGGUGGUAUCCCCAGGUGCCUGCUACCAUAGCCCCUACUACUACGACAGCGGCUCCUCAGGAUCCUUUUCCCCAGCAACAGUACUAUCCAUUUGGAAAGCAGUGGUGGUAUUACCAGGUACCUACUACCCAGGCCCCUACCACUACGACAGCAGCUCCUCAGGAUCCUUUUCCCCAGCAACCGUACUAUCCAUAUGGAAAACCGUGGUGGUGGUAUCCCCAGGUGCCUGCUACCAUAGCCCCUACUACUACGACAGCGGCUCCUCAGGAUCCUUUUCCCCAGCAACAGUACUAUCCAUUUGGAAAGCAGUGGUGGUAUUACCAGGUACCUGCUACCCAGGCCCCUACCACUAUGACAGCAGCUCCUCAGGAUCCUUUUCCCCAGCAACCAUACUAUCCAUAUGGAAAACCGUGGUGGUGGUAUCCCCAGGUGCCUGCUACCAUAGCCCCUACUACGACAGCGGCUCCUCAGGAUCCUUUUCCCCAGCAACAGUACUAUCCAUAUGGAAAACUGUGGUGGUAUCCCCGGGUGCCUGCUACCCAAGCUCCUACGACAGCGGCUCCUCAGGAUCCUUUUCCCCAGCAACCCAUGUUCCCUCUACCAAUCUUUGAUCCUUUUCGCAAUCUCCAAAAGGGAGAACCAUUUCCUCAUGGCGUACCCAAGUUUCCUCCCAUCAUCCCAGGCUACCCUGUUCAUGCCCCACCAGCUGAUCUCCCAAAGGGUAUGCAAUAUCCUGCUGACAUGUAUCCAGUUUUUCAUCGCAGACGUAGAUCUGUGUCCAGCGGUCAGUUGCCCCUUUCUUACAAAUCUCGCAGAUAAAGCUUGAGUUGGAUAAGUGAAUCGUUCGAGUAGCUUUUCAUUUAUGCAUAAAAUGAGAAUUGUGACUCGCUCUUUCCUUUUUUCAGGUUCAUUUUUAAUAAAGUUUGAUAUU